AUGGAAGGGGGGCUAAAACCAAGAUAUGCGCAAGAAAAAUAUAAGGUCCGCAAAAUGUCUGCACUUUGGGAAGAAAAUGCAGAAGGAGACGAAAAUGCAGCAGCCCCAUCCGUAAAUAAAAAUAACAAGAGCAGUAAAAAAAAUGUAGCAGUUGAGACAGACUAUGUACACACUAAAAAGAUACAGGAGAUAAUAGAAAAAUUAGAGAAAUCAAAAGAAAUAAACUUCCAGAGCAGGCAAAUAGAUGAAAGAAGUGGGUUUCUCCCGUAUGCGCAGAUCCAUAGAAAGAACUCAAAGAGUCCGUUAGAUGAAAGCGACGAAAUAAGCUGCUGCAGAAAAAAUGCAGAAAAUAAAAUAAAAUCCGGAUUCAAGAUAGAACCUCCACACACUGGUCUUGACCAACAAAGAAAUCUACAGAGAGUAGAAACACAUAGCUUCAACGAGAUGGUAGAGUCCACGCCAGUCAUCAAUCAAAUGAAGAACAUAUUAGAGAGCAUUGCAAUGCUACUGAACAGAGCAGCCAUGCGAGAGACAAUAGAAGACUUGCAGACGCCGGUGCCAGAAAAAGAGCUGAAAGAGAAUACUCCAAGAAAAGAUAUAAAAACGCCAGCACAAAGCUCUACACACAUUAAGGCAGCAAAGAGCAAAGAUGAUCCAUUAAUCAUCAAGAAAAAGCGCGCGCAGGAAAAGGCCCAUCUACUACUGCAGAAAAUGGCUAUAUCCGAGAAUGAAAAAAGAAAGAGCCAAUUUUGCUUCUAUAGAAUAUCUAAUAUACCGCCCAUUUCUUGCGCAGUAGCUAAGAUGCAUUACAUUUGGUCUACAAUUGCAAAUAUUCCAUAUAAAGACACGGGGCUGAUGAUCAUGCUAAGCAACACAGAGGCGCAGCUUGCAGUUACAAACAAAAGUGCGAGUAAGCUGGAGGCAAUUAUAGAUAGCUACAGAAAAUCCAAUGUAGACGCAGUUUUAUCAGGACCGCUUUCUGACCCACUAGAGCACAGCAAGUAUAGCAAGGAGAAGAUUUUGGACCUGCUCGUAGAAAAGGCCAAAAAACAUCUGGAGCACUUGCCAAAGGAAAUGAAAAAUGUUUACAUGUUAUACAACAAAGUAGCGAAAAGCAAGGACGCAAAAGACUUUUAUCAUAAGAUAAAGAGCAUGAUGCAAUGA